AUGCGAACAAAAAGCAACAAACAACCAACCGACAACAGCAAUAGCAAUAGCAACAACAUUAUAAGUGUGGCAAAACAUCAACAACAACAACCUACACAUCAAACCCAUCAUCAACAGCAAACAUCACAACAACAGCAACUUCAGCAGCAACAACAACAAUCGCAACAGCAAACAACUACUCCACAACAACAAUCAUCAUCCCAACAAUUUGCCAUUGCCGAUUCCAAUUCGAACAGUGCAGUGGCAAAAUCAUUUGUUCCAUGUAAAGUUUGUGGUGACAAAGCAUCCGGUUAUCAUUACGGUGUAACAUCCUGUGAGGGUUGUAAGGGUUUCUUUCGUCGUAGUAUACAAAAACAAAUUGAAUAUCGUUGCUUGAGGGACGGCAAGUGUCUGGUAAUACGUUUGAAUCGUAAUCGUUGUCAAUAUUGUCGUUUUAAGAAAUGUCUAUCAGCUGGUAUGAGUCGAGACUGUAAAACACAUUUGAAUAAUAGUGAAACAGCAACUGCUGUGUGUUUUACAAAUUCAACAACAUAUUGCAAUUUUGAUUUGAAACCACAACAACAAAAAGAAUUGUGUGAUUUCACAACAUCAAUAACAACUGCAUCUUUGGUAACACCAACACCUACGCCUGCUACAAUUACAACAACUACAAUUUUAACAACAAUAGCAGCUGCAGCAGCUUCAAGUGCCGCUGCCGCUACAACAAACAGAAUAUCAUCACCAUCAUUAUCGUCACCAUCAUCAUCAUCAUCUUCGACAUCAUUGUCAUCUUCUUCAUCUUCCGCAUCAUCGUCGUCGUUGUCAGCAGCAUCGCCUUCAUUAACACCACCCACACCCAUAAGUCCGUCCUUCGAAACAUUACCACACAGUCCAGAUGGGCAUGCAUCAGUAAGUUCAACAGCAUCAUCCAGUGAUAAUACAACAACAUCAGAUCAUGACCCAGGAAAUUGUUGA